GGGCCUGUUGACUUGGCUUUCGAUAGUGCUAGCAAGAUUGAUUGGUUUUUAAGUUUUAGCGAAGAGGAUCGCCAAAUCUGUAACAUUUUGACCGAGGCCAACUUGCGAGUUAGCUCUUUGUGGAGCCGCGUGCCUGCAGAUCAUAGGAUGUCGAAGUCAUAUGUUACCCCUCUGCUUGGGAAGGGCGCUGCCAUGGAUGUGAUCCGUAAGAAUAGGCAGAAGACUGCUAGCUCGAGCGGCGCGGUUACAGCUGAUGGUGCUACCGCACGUGUCCCGCACUUGACUCGUGUUCCGGCUCACAAGAAAAAGUGGUCUGCUGAGGUUGACCUCACUUUGUCCGACCAGGUGGACGAUCCUGUCAACCUGUCAUUUCCGAACGUAUCGGCGCAUGCCCAGCUAGGACCUAUUCGAGGGGUGGCCGAACAGCUAUUACUCCCACGCGACUGAGAUUAUUUGAAGGAGAUGGGGAGUGGCAGCGUGGCUAGUGAGCUCUUCGAUCAUGCCUUCUUGAGUUUGCAGAAAGCCGCCUUCCUCAUGGAGAGGACUGUUGCUAUGGAGGCGGAGCUUAGCGAGUUGAGGGCCGAGCGGGAGAACUGGAAGGGAGAGAUGACGGCUGUCAAGAAGACGCGUGAUGAGGCCCGUCAGGUUGUCAAGAAGUUGGAGUCUGCCAAGUUGGAAGAUGCUCGCCGGCUGGAGCGGGCUGUAGCGGACUGCAAGGAACUCGAAGCCAAAGUUGUUGCGUUGGAGCAACAAGUACUUUAUAAAAGCUGUGAGACAGAGGUUCGAGUUCGGGGCGAGAUGGCCUUGGCGUAUCUCGAGAAUCAGCCCCCCAAGACUUGGGAUGUCCAACAAUACAUCGAUGAGUUUAAUGAGUGGAAGGCUGGCCAGGAGGAGCAGGAGAUGCAGCUUGCAAGCAACUUUGCCGGGAUGACCACUGGAGACGACCAUCCUUAGACGGGGAAGCGACUUCUUGAAGCGGGGAAGAGAUGUCUUGUUAUUUUUCUCGCACUGUUUGAAACUUGACUGUUUGACUAACUGUUCGUAUUGGUAUGCCUCCAGCUUGAACU